UUCGAGCUCUGGGGGAAGCUUGGAAUGCAUGAGUGCGCUUGCGAGAGAAGUUUUGUCACACUACAAUCUGCAGGAUGGAUCCCCUGAGCCUUCCAAAAAGGGAUUGUUGGUAACAUGCGAUAUGGACAGAAAGAGCCUCAUGUACAGGAGACAGUUCCGCAAGACUUAUUCUCGAGCGACUAAGACUCAAGCGAGACAAGAGGGUGGUUAUCAAAAGGGCGGUUAUCAAAGCCCUACUGUUGAGAUGUUCAUCAUCAAAAUCGAGGUCAGUAUUCUUAAAAGCGGUCGUCGAAGAUCAAGC